AUGUAUUUUGCUGAUUUAGAACGCUACUCGGUUGCGUUUGGAUACGAUAUUGGUAAUUCAUUGGUAUAUUUUCAGAACGAUGGUCACUCCUUUGAUAAUAAUGUCAGGAUUUUAUAUAAUGAUGAUGAUGGCAUAAAGGAGAUGAUAGAGAUAUAUUUGCAAACAGAAGAUGUUAUUAGAGAAGAGAAAUUGAUGGGUGAAAAGGAGUUGGGUGAUAGUUCCUCUGAGGAUGAUCCAGAUUAUGUUGUAGAGGGCCAAGAUUUUAAGAGUGAUGAGCCUGAGUUUUACACUGAUGGCAGUGAUGGGGAGUUAAUGAAAAUUGUUAAUAAAAGGAGAAUUAGAAAAGCAGCUGAGGCUAACAAAAUAAAUUUUGAAUUAAGGAGAACAAUGAUCAAAGAAAGGGAGAAAAAUAUUGAGGAAGAAGACUACUUGAGUGAUGAACUAAUGUCUUUGUCAUCAUCAAGUGAGGAUGAGGCUGUGAAGAAGGGUUACAUAGGUCCACCACCUGUGAAAAAUUCUAAGAAAAGGAAGCAUUCUUUCUAUAAUCCAAAGAAGAUAACAGAUGGGAUUAAGUUCUCUCCGGGCAUGAGGUUUGGUUCUAUGGAAGAAUUCAGGAAGGCUGUUAUAAACUAUGGAUUAAGUGAGAGAAGGGUCGUUCAAUUUAACACUAAUGAUCCACACAGGGCACAAGUUGUGUGUGAGACCAAAUGUCCCUUCUACAUCUGGUGUAGUAGAAUAAAGGACUCUGAAACGGUGGAGAUAAAAACACUGGUGGUUGAGCAUUUGUGUACAAAACCAUACAACAACAAGCUUGCAUCUGUCAAGCACUUAACAGAAAUUUAUGGUGAGAGGAUAAGGAAAAACCCCACUUGGAAAAUUAAAGAAAUAGUUGAAACAAUUAGACAUGAUCUGGAGAUAGAAUUGUCAAGGAUAAAACUUAUAAGAGUAAGAAAAGCUGCACUAGAAGGUGUUUUCGAGAGUUUGAAGCAACAUUACUCAAGUGUAAGAGAUUUUGGCUACCAAAUUCUGCUCAACAAUCCACAAAACAGGGUUGACAUAAGAACUACAAGAUUAAAUGAAAGUGAUCCUAACAAAUUCAAAAGAAUUUACAUAUGCUAUCAUGCUUUGAAGGAGGGUUGGAAGCAAGGUUGUAGGCCAAUUUUGGGACUAGAUGGGUGUUUCCUUAAGACAGUAUGUGGAGGACAAAUGUUAUCUGCUGUGGGGAGGGACGGAAACAACCAGAUGUAUCCGGUAGCUUAUGCUGUAGUUGAGAGUGAAAAUGCAGACAGCUGGAAGUGGUUUAUUGAUUUGCUAAGGGAUGAUCUGAGCCUUGGGGAUGGAAAGGGUUACACAAUAAUAUCCGAUCAGCAGAAGGGCCCAGAGUUGGCUGUGAAGGAAUAUUUACCGAAAAUUGAACAUAGAAAUUGUUGCAGGCAUCUAUGCACUAACUUCAGGAAUAGGUAA